UUUUAUUUUUCUAAAAUAGAUUUUGACUGUUUUUCAAAAUUUUAAAAUACUGAUUUUCACACAAGUCAAAAAUUUCCGAAAAAAUAAAUUAAUUAAAUAUCAUGACCAAACUUAUUCGAAAUAUAUCCCGGUGCGAUGAAGUAGCAUAAUUGACACCUACCACAACUGAAUGUUUACUAGAGUAUAUAAACACCAUAUUUGAAUUGGAUAUCCGAUCCAGUGAUUAGUUUAACACUUACUCAUCAAUUCAACCUUAGAAAAAUCCCAGUGUUGCACGAAUUUAUCCUUUUUGGCUUUUGGUUUUCAUCUGGUGUUCGAUAUCUGAAUUGGAGCCCGAAUAAGUCGGAUCCGCGCCACUAGGUUCCGUUCAGGCAAGCUCAUUUCUUCAACAUUUAGUUCUCUCAGGCAUUUCGACAAACAGGUUCUAUCCAGAGACGAUAUCGAUCCAUCGGAAUCGACGAUGACGAAGGAGGUUUGCUCUUGUUUAGGAACACGAGUUGUAGAAUUCCUCAUUCAAUCAGCUCAGGACCUUCAGGUUUCUCCCAUUGUCAAAUACUCAGCACUCUCACUUUACGCCGAUCGAUUCUACCCAUCUCUUUCCAUAACCAAUGAUGUUAAAACCUGGCUCUUACAUCCCCUAAGAGAAAGCAAUUUACAGCUAUUUGCACUUGUUGCAAUAUGGAUCUCAAGCAAAAUACACGAUUCUCCAUCACUUAGUGUCAAAUCCUUCAAGUCUUUAGCUGAUAACACUAUUAAAGAGCAGCAUUUUACAGCAAAGGACUUUUUAGAAGCUGAGUUAGUGUUAAUCCAGGUACUGAAUUAUGAGAUUGGCACGUUGACUAUUCCGUUCCGAUACUUUGAAGAUCUUGUUAUGAAGCUGAGUGAAGUUGCUAGAGUUGGAGAACAAUUGAGGCUUGAAGCUUGCAUGGAUAUUAUGGACCUGCUGUAUGAGAAGGGGAAGAUUUCAUCGUUCAAUUGUUCUUCGAUUCAUCUAGCUGCAUCGAUCGUUGUUGCUGCGUAUGUGAUCACUGUUCCAUUGCAAAAGAGUGAAUUCCCUAUUUUGCUAUGGGUUAAGUUUGUUACUUCUUGUAAAGAGGAGGAUAUUGUAGACACUGUUAGAAGAAUUCUAAUACAUGUGUUUGAACUUUGAAGGUUGAAUUACACUCAACUCUGCUUGUAUUUCAUGUAACAAUUCUAAAUUCAAGAGGUACUUUGUGGAA